AUGCUGAGACGGCCCAAUAGCUACUGGAUCACUUUCCGUCCGGGUGACAAGACCACUGACUAUCAGUUGGAGAAGAAAUCUCUGUCGUUGGCGGACGUCCCGAGGCCUUGUCUUGGUUCUGCAGUCUCCGUGGGAUCAGAGAUCUAUUUCAUUGGUGGAAGAGGCUUCCCCUCCACGGAGCUUUGGAUCCUUGAUACUCGAUCUUAUCGUUUACGUACGGCUCCAAGCAUGAAAGUGGGUCGGUCCGUGGGGUAUAAAGUAGCAGUGGGAGUGGUCGAGGGGAAGAUAUAUGUAAUUGGAGGAAGUGAUGAAGAUAGCCAGGUGGAAGUGUUUGAUCCAGAGACGCAAACGUGGGACUUCGCAGGCGAGGAGAAAGUGAAAUGUGAAUCGGAGUUUAGUGUGUCUAUGAAGCAAAAGGUUUAUAUGGUGGGCCUGCAUGGGAGAGUUAGCACGUAUAGUCCGAGAGAAGGUAUAAACAAUGAAAGAACGGAGGUGCUAAGAAAAUAUGUGAAGUUCUUGUGUGUGGUGAAGAAUGUACUCUAUGCUUGUUUUGGGUGUAGUGGGUUAAUGUGGUUUAACACAAAGCUCAAGGUUUGGACAAGAGUGGUUGAUCGUGAUGGCAAGGAUGGGAAGUUAGAACUGUAUUCAUCUACUGCUCAAAUAAUGGAGGAAUACGAGGGAAUGAUUGCGUUUUUUUGGCCACUACCUAAUAUUGAUCGCACGAAGAAUGAUCUUAUCUGUAAACUGAUCGCAUUGGAUAGGUUAGGAGAAAAUAUUCGUGGCAGGAUUGAGUGGUCUGGUAUUGCGGCCACAUUGCCGCAUAACAUUCGUUUGAAGGAUUGUUUAGUUGUUGCCGGUUGA